AUGGCUGCCGCAAAUGUUACCCCCAAGCGCUCCGUCCAGGCGUGUUCGCGCUGUCGCCAGCAAAAGAUGAAAUGCUCGGGCGAUCCGGCCCCUUGCGAGCGCUGCGCCAGGUUCGGUCGCGAAUGCGUCUUUGAACCGGUCAACACGAACCCGGCCUUUGCGCCCCAGACGGGCCAUCACCACCGGCCCCCGCUGACCCCCUCCGAGGCCUCCCUCACCCUGGACUAUCGCGACCCCCAGCGCCGCCGCACACCGAAUACCCGGAAACGAAGCCUCGACGCGGGCACCACCGGGCAUACCAGCCCGGGGACACGUACGCGACCGCCGCCUUCGCGACACGGCGGCCUGCUGCCCAGCGCCGCGACCCCCUAUUCCAGCGUCCAGGAGCUCGAAAGCAACCGGCAGCUGUGGCACGGAGAAUAUCAAACCCCGUCCGACGGCCAAGAGAGACGAGAUGGGUCGGUACCGUCGCCGGCGGGGGAUCGAGAAAGAGAAGGGAGCACCGCGGAUCGCUCCUGCCUGCUGUCGUGUCUCGCCGAGGCUGGCAUCACCACCACCGACGCCCAAGAACUGUUCAGGCUCUUUGGGGAGCGACUGUCUCCGUUCCUCCCCUCGUUCUAUGCGACCGAUUUCCACACUCUCCCCAGCCGACCGGUGCUCGUCCUGGCGGCAAUCCACGCCGUCUCGCGCUACCUGCCAGCCUCGGACGCCCUGCGCGAUAGCAUUUGUCGAAUUCUCCGUCGGCUGCUCUCGGAGCUUAUCCUGCAGCCUGUGACAGAUCGGGAUGGUGCAGCGAUGGUGGAGAACAUGCAGGGGCUGGUCCUUUUGUACUCGUGCUGUGAAGCGACCGGCGCCAUCUCCGACCAGCCACAGGGCGCCAGCCUCGACAUGCUGACUCUGAAAGGAAUCGCAGAGGCGUACGCCGUCAAACUAAAGCUGGGCGUUAAUUGUGCUCUGAAUCAAUUCUCGACCGAGAAGCUGCCCUUGAUAUGGGUGGUUUGGCUGUACACCAUGAGCCAUCACUGCGCCGUCCUUCACGGCUGUCCACGAAACCUCUCUGGAUCUAUAGAGCUCCUCCGGGUCAAAGCUGCUUUAGAGCAGACAGUCGACCAUCCACGUAUCCGCCUGCUGCUUGGCGAAUGCGAGCUUUGUCUGCUGUGGGAAAGAACCUCUGCGGUUCAAGGCAGCACCCCACAGACGGUGUAUGAGGCUCUGGACUGCUGGAAAACGGAGUGGCAGAGUUUCCUGUCCGGUGCCGCGGCACCAGGCCGACACUUGUAUUUCCACUACUUCUUCACGCGCUUCCAUCUCCUUACACACUUGGUCAAUGAGAGUGGCCAGCCGUAUAUUGCCACCAGGGAAAGUCUGGAUGCCGCACGCGAUUUUCUACACUGGAUCGGAAGCCUCUCGCCGAUAUCCAAGGACCGUCUUCGCUACCUCACCGACUUUGCGUUCGUACUCAUGGCCUACGUCUGCCUGUAUGUUCUCCGAGCCCUACAGGGCAACGUAGUCUUGCCUGACAACGAAGACGAGCUACUAAAGCUUGUCCAUGACGUGGCGGCACUUAUGCGGUCAUUAGGCGCGAGAGCUGAUACACGGCCAACAGUGUAUGGGCAUGCGCUGGACAGUAUGUGCAAACAAUAUCAAGCUUCAAAAUUUGAAGGACUGCCUACCAAUCCUGCCCUUGGUCUCCAGACGGCAGGCGCUGUGCUGAGUCUUACUCAACCCUCGCAGGUAAACAUGGACCUCCCAAUGGCAACGGAUGGCAUCAUAGACGAGGAAAUCCUCCGCCAGAGCCGAGUAUCUCCCGGUUUCUGGACGCUGGAUCCCGACCUCUCCGUUUUCGACGGGAUAAUGGCUGGUAUCCCGGUCCCUGACGGGGCGGAAUAA